AUGGCUAACGUUUUGGUCCUCCUCUCCGAUUUGCAGACGGGCCACUCCUCCUCAACUGUUCAAGUCCGUUUCUGGGAGGCCCGGAAUGUCAACCAUGGUGGAGAGCUCAUGGGAGUCGAGAUGCUCCUACUAGAUUCUCAGGCAACCAUGAUGCCGGCCACCGUGAAUGUCAACCGGCUUGCGACUUACAUGCCUAAUCUGAAAGCAGGAUAG